CGCGUGAUUGACUGCCAGCAAUCUGAUCCAGUGAAAGGCAUUGACAACCAAUAGGAAGCGGAGUGCGGCUUGUUUCCAUGGGAGGCCCCGCGAGGCGAUGCCAGGCAGCCGCGAGGCAGCGACAGUGAGCGGGGAGAAGCGCAGGCAGCAGCCGGGACCGUGGAGCUCCUGCAGCCGCGCUCGGGCUCUCUGCAAGCGGAACCAAGAGGAAGUGGAGGGAGAUCCGAAGGGAAACGGGACAGCAGAGCGCACGAGGCUGAUUCCUCUUCAGUUGAAGCCACAGCUGAGCAGGAUGAAUGGAUUUCACGACCAGCAAGUGCCUCACUGUACCUCUAAGAAGCUGCUAGAAAAGACAACGAGCUGCGAGAGGCCAGCGAAUGACAGAAAGAGAAAAUUCAUUAAGUCCGACCUGGCGCUGGACACUGAAGAGCUUUUCCAGGACCUCAGUCAGCUGCAGGAGACUUGGCUGGCAGAAGCUCAAGUUCCCGACAAUGACGAGCAGUUUGUUCCAGACUUCCAGACUGAAAACUUGGCUUUCCACGGACUGCAGCUGAAGAUCAAGCGGGAGCUCCACAGCCCGUGUUCAGAGCUGAGCUCCAACUGCAGUCAGGAGCGGCCCUUCAAGCUCCAGUAUGGAGAGAAGUGCCAGUACAGCAUCAGUGCCUAUGAGCAGAAGCAGCCAGCAGGAAUGAAGCCCUCUAGCCCAGUGACGCCCCCCUGUAGCACCCCCGUGUCCCCCCUUCACCAUGGCUCCCCCACGGCGGCCCCGACGCCCAAACCCGACCGGACCUACGCCCACAUCCCGCCCUCGCAGCCGCUCCCCGACAGCGCCUACUCCAUGGACCACAGGUUUCGCCGCCAGCUCUCGGAGCCGUGCCACUCGUUCCCCUCCCCUCCGACGAUGGCUCGGGACGGCCGGCCCAUCUACCACAGGCAGAUGUCGGAGCCCAACAUCCCCUUCCCUCCUCAAGGCUUCAAGCAGGAGUACCCCGACCCGCUCUUCGAACACCCGAGCAUGAUGGGAGCGCCGCUCCCCCACGCGUACCCCGGCGGCAUGAUGAUCAAGCAGGAGCCCAGGGACUUCACCUACGACUCAGCAGAAGUGCCUAGCUGCCACUCCGUCUACUUACGGCAAGACGGCUAUCUGGCUCACGCUAACAGGACUGAAGGCUGUAUGUUUGACAAAGUGGCGCGACACUUCUACGACGACACCUGCGUGGUGCCCGAAAAGGUUGAAGGUGACAUCAAGCAGGAGUCGGGCCUGUACCGCGAGGGUCCGUCGUACCAGCGCAGAGGCUCGCUGCAGCUCUGGCAGUUCCUGGUGGCUCUGCUGGACGACCCGUCCAACUCCCACUUCAUCGCCUGGACCGGCCGUGGCAUGGAGUUCAAACUCAUCGAGCCAGAGGAGGUGGCUCGCCGGUGGGGGAUACAGAAGAACCGGCCGGCGAUGAAUUACGACAAACUCAGCAGAUCGUUGCGCUACUACUACGAGAAAGGAAUCAUGCAAAAGGUGGCCGGCGAGAGAUACGUGUACAAGUUUGUGUGCGACCCCGAGGCCUUGUUCUCCAUGGCGUUCCCCGACAAUCAGCGGCCGGUGCUGAAGACGGACAUGGAGCGGCAGAUCAACGAGGAGGACACGGUGCCGCUGUCGCACUUUGACGAGAACAUGGCCUACGUGCAGGAGGGGCCCUACUGCCAGCCGCACCCCUACAGCGAGGGCUACGUCUAUUAACGUCAGCCUCAACACACACACACACACACACACACACACUGCAAACACACACUGAAACCACACAGGCACUUCCUCCUCCUCCUCUUUUUCUUCCCUCGUACACCUGAGACUGUCACCUCCUCUAACUCGCAGCCGGUCCGGGAAUAAGACUGAACACACACACACACGCAGCAGAGCCUCCCGUCCCUCAUACACACACACGCACACACACACACACACUUACACACACACAUAUACACACUUACACACACACAUAUACACACACACACUUCCUCCUUUCUGCUCUUGUCUUUCUGACGUCCAGGCCGCACAGCAGGAUGGAGAGUGCACUUUAUGGACAGGAACGGCGCGGCGCUUUGCGGUCGGCUUUCUCCCAUUCUUUAUGUUUUGUACAUUAAUGUGGAAAUCAUCCAGCCCCCCCCCCC